UCCAAUCAGCCAUCGGCCGGCCGGCGCGGCGCAGUUUGAUAAUUAGUGUCAUACUUCAUAGUCAUUUUAUCAAUUUUAUUAUUUCUCGUUUCGAAGCGCUGCUUAAUUCCUCGUUUUGAGUGCCGUCCCAGUGGGAGAUAAUUUAUUUAUUACCAUUAGCCUUCUCUACCUGGCCAAGAGUUAAAACUUGUGCUUAUUUUGAUUCCAUUAUUGUUUAAGAUGUCACGUCUAGAUAUAGUGGUGUUCGGGGCCACAGGCUUUACCGGCAAAAAGGCAGUUGAAGAGUUAGUCCGAGUUGCGAAGAAGUACCCAGGACUGACAUGGGGAGUGGCUGGCCGCUCACAGUCCAAGUUGGAGACCCUCAUGGCUGAUAUUGGAAAAUUGACUGGUGAAAACCUCUCCAGCAUCAAGAUCAUAGUAGCCGACGUGUCCGACGAAGAGUCCAUCAAGCGAAUGUGCGAGCAGGCGCGAGUGAUCGCCAACUGUUGCGGCCCGUACAAGUUGUAUGGCGAGCCAGUGGUCAAAGCAGCGGUCGCUACUAAGACGCAUGUGGUCGACGUUAGUGGGGAACCGUUGUUCAUCGAAUCAAUGCAGCUGAAAUACGACCAGGCUGCGCGGGAGGGAGGCGUGUACAUCGUGAGCGCUUGCGGCUUCGACAGCAUCCCCAACGACAUGGGACUCGUCUAUAUGCAGCAGAAGUUCGACGGGACUCUGAACUCCGUGGAGUCUUAUCUAAGCACGAAAGUGGCGCCGGAAUACAGCAGUGAAGUUACCAAGAACGGCGUCAUACAUUACGGCACUUGGGAAUCCCUUGUGAACGGAAUUUGCAGCCGCAAUAAGCUACCCGCACUACGGAAACAGCUGUACCCGGACCGUUUGCCGAGCUUCAAGCCGAAGUUGCAUCCCCGUGGCAUCGUCCACAAGCACGACGGCGCAUACUGCCUCCCGUUCCCCGGCUCGGACGCGUCCAUCGUGUACCGCACGCAGCGCCACAUGUACGAGGUGGACCACAAGCGCCCGGUCCAAUUCAAGCCCUACAUCAAACUGCCCUCGCUCUGCGCGACCAUACUCACCUCCAUCGUGGCCACAUUCCUGCUCCUCAUGUCCAAGUUCUCGCUGACCAGGAUGCUGCUGCUGAAGUACCCGAGGCUGUUCUCGGCGGGCAUGGUGACGCGCGAAGGUCCGACGGAGAACGUGAUGAAUAAUACGACGUUCAUGUUCGAGUUGUAUGGCGAGGGGUGGGAGAAGGGAGCCGAUGUGGAAGCGACCAAGCCGACUAAGAAAGCUGUAGUCAGGGUAAAAGGCGUGAACCCUGGCUACGGAGCAACAGUCACCGCACUGAUCUAUUCCGCUAUCACCUGCCUUAAAGAACAUGACAAGAUGCCUGGCAGCGGCGGAGUAUUGACUACGGGAAUUGCAUUCGCCAAAACCGAUCUCAUCAAGAACCUCAACGAAAAUAACCUCACGUUUGAGUAUGUUCAAAAUUAAUGUUACCGUUAAUUUUUAAGUUACCUUUUAAAUAUCAUUUUAUCACAGUAGUGGUCAAUGAUCAUAUUGGCCAGUGUAAUGGAACAUUGCGUUUAAUAAUUAUAGUUACCUAUAUAUGCCUUUAUUUUUGUUUGUAGUAUUUGCAGAUUUUAUAUUGAUGUUAGCUUCAUGUAUUACGAAUUACGAUAGAAAGUCAAUCAUUGCCACUUCAUCUAGUAUAACUAACUUUAUUAUACGAUAAGUUUAUUACUAUUUUACUCGAUAGUAUGUACAAACAUUUACCAACUUAAUAGUUUAUAGAGCUUAUUCGGAUUAAUGUUAUCGAUAGUACAGCCUCAAAAAGAGUUGAAUUUAAAAAGUGGCAACACUGUAGCGUCGUCCCGUUCUCUUAUAUAUGUAAAUUGAUUUGAAAGGGACGACACUACAGUGUUGCCACUUUUUAAUUUCUACUCUUAUUUGCCACGCUGUACAACCAAGCAUUUACCAAAUAGUAAGUACAAACAUGCACUUACCAACUUAAUCGUUUAUAGAGCUUAUUCAGAUUGUUAUCGAUAGUACAACCAAGCAUUUACCAAAACAAAGUUAUCGUUUUUAAUAGAUAUAAAAGAUAAUUAUUUUACGCUUAAGUAACCAUUGUUUGUGUCAUAAUUGUAACUAAUCAAAUGUGAUAUCUACGUGCAUAUGCAUAAGGUAAAGGGCAUUUAAUAAACAUUAAAAUAAUUAA